CGCUGCGACGCACGGCUGGCUGGCUGCUCCAAAACCUGAUCGCAUGCGUUCCAUCAUCCAGCAGCAUCGAUCACCUCAUCCACAUCCUCCCAGCCUUUUCUAACGACCUUCAGUCUCUUUAACUGAACGCCUCGAUUGUCUUUGUCCGCCGUGGCUGCUCCUGUUUCUGUAGCCGCUACUGUUGUUUUGGAGGAAAACGGGUACCUGCAUCAGCAUCACUGCGGACUGAUUUGGUGGGACAGCAGCUAAUUCAUUCAUUUCUUUGUAUUCUGGCUCAGAUCGCAGCAAACAUCUAUGGCGAAAACGACCGCGUCAUCCAUUGCAACGACAGGUGAAAAGAUGGCACCACCAUCCAUUACUCUACUUCCUGACCAGAAAUCUCCAACAAACGGUCACAGCUCUCCUGUUCGGAUGGGAAAAACGACUCCAUCUAACGCAGAGAAGAGGCCACACAUGAACGGACAUGCAUCCCCCUCACAUCUAACAAGUAGCAAUCAUGGAGGGAAACAAAGUCAGGAGGGCUAUAUGAAGACUGAUGACAGGAUGCGUUUAGCCAAAGAGAGACGUGAGGAGAGAGAGAGAAGCCUGGCCGCCAGGGAGCAGCUGAUCAAGGAGAAGGAGCGCAGGUCUCAGCUGCAGUAUGAGCGCACCGUGGAGGAGCGCUGGAGACGGCUGGAGGAACAGAGGCAGAAAGAGGAGCUCCGCAGAGCUGCGGUGGAGGAGAAGAGGAGGCAGCAGCUUGAGGAGGAGAGGGAGCGGCUUGAGGCGCUCAUGAAACGUUCUCUGGAGAGAAGCCUUCAGCUGGAGCAGAGAACAAAACGCUGGGGAAGGGGUUAUCCUCCAGGAGCAGGUGACUGUGAGAAUGCCCCACUCCCUUACUCUGCUGCCUCCGUCUUUUCCCUUGGCAUUGCCUCCCCCCAUCCUGCUGUCAGCGGAUCUGCACCCUGCAGCCCUCACAGGUCACCUUUCUGCAAUGCACUCAAUCCUGCAGCUACCAACAGAGCUGGACUUCAGGGAGGCUCCCAGUCUACUCCUAGUACCCCAAAGAAAGAACGUAUGCGCCAAGACAGAAGAACUGCAUCCCCAGGUUGUGGAUCCCCUCUCAGAAGAUCUGAAUCCCCAGCAAGUGUCACUAAGCAUCUGACUUCCCCCAUCACCUCCAAAUUAGUGUCUAAGAUGCGUGCCCAGUCUCCCGGAGGUUCUCCUCAGUACCAAAAUCCCCAAAUUAGACGUCAACCAAACCUUAGCGAUGACAGGAAAGGAGAAGAUAAGAAGCUAGAAAAAAAGGGUGAACAAUUCAAGGCUGAGUCAGCAGCAAAAACCAAUGCAGACACUAAAAACCGAAACUCGUCUUCACAAGGUCAAUUUGAUAAGAACCUCAACAGAGAAACACCUGAGAGAAAUUAUUCGCCUGACAGAAGGAACCAAAUGUCAUCCAGAAUGGAUUCUUCAGAGAGAAGACUGCAAGUCAAUGGACACAGUGGAGACAUGGAAUCCACAGCACUCACAUUCACAGGAAAAUUGGGAGCUGGCACAACAAAUGCAGAGGAGGCUACGAGACUGCUGGCAGAGCGCAGACGUCAGACUCGAGCCCAAAAAGAACUGGAGGAGAACAAACAGGAAAAAGAGCGAGAAGAAAGAUUGAGGGAAGAGGAACAAAGGAAGCAGCUUGCUCAGGAGCAACAGCGGCAAGAGGUGAAGGCACAACAAGGUGAGGUGAGACGGAACAAUAUGAUGGACCACCACAGGCUGAAAUCAGAGGACGACAAAAGAAAGGAAGAACAGCAGCAGAUCCAAAUUGAGGCAGAGAAAGAAAAAGCUAAAGUCCAGGCUCAAGAGAAUGCAGAGCGUCAGCGGCAAGGCAGGGAACUACAGACGCAACAGGAAGAGGAGAGACAACUCAGGAAAAAGAGAAUUGAGGAGAUUAUGAAGAGAACAAGGAAGGGUGAAGCUGACAUGAAGGAGGAGCAGGUGGAGACAAAGCCGGUCUCACCGCCAGGAGAUGUAAUUACCAAAGAUCAUGUCACCAAGCAGGCAACGAAAAAGGUAGAGUUUCUGGUAAAAGAGCAGAUGACAGUGCAGGUUGAGACAAAGGAAAAUGUUCUCUUCAAGAAAGAAGCAGUAGCAGUAUUACCGAUGGACAGUGAGAAGAGUAAACAAGUACAAAACAACACUCACCCAGUCACACAGAAACAGGGUGUUCCUGAAGAAAGACCUGAGAAAAAACAAACCAGUAAAGAGAACUGCAGCAGCCAACUCAACAAAAAGACGAACACUAGUGCAUUGAAGCAGCAGGGAAGAGAGAUGGAGCUGAACUUUAACAUGCAGCACAGAUUGAAUGUUCAAAUCACCACGCAACUACACAAAGAGUUGACUGAGCUGACAGGAGAUGCCAAAGCAAUGCAAGGACAGGGUAGUGUGAUGAAUGGAGCAGUGAAGGGUGCAGGAAGUGCCUUAACAUGCAGUCAUCCAACUACUGAAGGAAGCAAACAGCAACGCAAUGUGUCAAUCUCAGCUGAAGGAAAGACUAAAAAGGGGCCCGAUGAUGGAGCUGGUGGAGCCUCUGUGACAGUGGUAUCAGUGGUACAUUCAUCAUCACCAACCAGCAAGCUGGAGCCAUUAGAUGUGAAAAGAACCGGAUCCUGUGAUGAUGUGCAAUCAAUGGAUGUUAGUCCAGCUUCAAAGGAGGAACUAAUUUCCAUCACUAAGUUCUCGCCAGGUGAUGAAAUUGAGAAGGGUUUCAUGAGCCACAACCAGGCUCUUAAAGACCUGAUGGACCUGACGGGAAGUGUCACGCAGGCAAAGCCUCCUUCUGAGAGCACCAUGGGCGACUGCAACAAGAACCUGAUACGGGGGGUUGUUAGUCCAAUGUCAGAUUCAAAACUCAUAGGGAUUACACCCCCAUCCUCAAACAAACUAAGCGUCAAGUAGUCUGUUAUAUUUUUCUUAUCUGCUCCUGCUUGUCUCCUCUUUCUUCUCUGACUUUGUAACCAGUAUGAUUAUAUGGAAAUCGAGCCAUGGACUUUGACUAAAAAACGCACACUGUAAACUAAUGAUGGAGCUUUUAAAAUGAUCUGUGAAUGAUUUAUUUUGCUAUUGGUUAGAGGACAAACACGUGUAGACUGACUCAAAAGGGGUUAUAGAUAGGACAAAGUAGGAAACAACCAAAAAAAAUUAAAUAUCAGGUUUCUGAAUAUAAUAGAAAACACAAGUUUACUUAUUUGCAUUAGCCUGUUAAGAAUUGCACAGAUUUCUCAUUGACUCGACUGCAAUAUUGAAUUAUGUAAGCCUUUCCUGGUUGAAUUUUAAACUCUACCAGUUUCCUAAAAACUGAGUUGGUGAAAAAUGUUUCUGUGUCAAGUUGUAUUAGUGCAUGUAUUAAUGACUGAAAGUGGGAAUCCAAUCAAACUGGUAACCAUUUCCUUUCCUCGCCCUAUAAAAUCUAAUCAUGGGACUGUUCACUUAUUGAAAUAACUCUCCAUUUGACCGGACUCGCUAAGUGCAUAUGACAGAGAAAAAUGAUGGCUGUCAAAAUAGAUGUACCACUUUUCAAACAAUCACUGACACAUUGUUUUUUUCCCGUGUGAAAGAGGUGAGUUUAAAUGUGGGAUUGUAUAAUAACCAAACUAGGCUUUAUUACGGAGCCCAGAGCCAAGUGUCAGUGGGUGAAAAAAAACAAAGCCGGUGGAAAUCCGUGCUCACGCUUUACUAAACUGAGCUCUCAGUUUUGCAAUCUGUGCGGACGGUUUGAUAAACUCUGUGCUCCUUUUGCAAUCCGUGCGUGCAGAUUACUCAGUGAUAUCUGUCGAGAGUUUGGACGCAUGGCCCACACCUGCAAGGUAAGUUCAGUGGAUCUGUUGUAGUGUAACGAAAAUAAAGUCAUAUUACAAGCUGUGAAGUGUGCUGAUUAAAAAAUGGCAGUGCUUUAAGUUUAUAUAUGAAAACAUCCACGGAAUUACCUCGCAGGUGUGGGCCAUGCGUCCAAACUCUGUCUUGCAAAACAGAAAGCACAAUUUAUCAAACGGAUUGCAGAAACUGAGAGCACAUUCUUGUAAUCCGUGCACACAGAUUGCAAAACUGAGCGCACAGUUUUGUAAAGCAUGAGCACAGAUUUCCACCGGCUUUGUUUAUUUUUACCCACUAACACUUGAUGGGCUCCAUAUUUUAAGAGUCUUAUAUAUUAUGAAAACGUCUGACAUCUGAGCAACUUCAUGUCACUGUAAAGCUUUCUGUGGCUGCACUUUGCUUUGUCGGAUAAAGUUUCAGUAGAUCUGUCAUGCAAAAUAAUCAGAAUUUUUGGUUAAACAUAAAGUGCAGCAUGAAUGUUGGCUUGAAAAUCAACUUAUAAAUGUGCCCUGUAGCUUUGGACUCAACCUGACCAAUGCAAGAACAAUACAGAUUUUGCUUCAGCAAAAAACUGCUUAAGCAAGCCAUAAAAUAAUUAACAACUGCAGGUACUAUUUUCCAUGUUUGUAGGUGAAGUUUUAGAAAAACAUGCCUUACCAAGGAUUGAUUGGUUGAUUUUGUGUUUUUCUUUUUAUUUCAGCAAGUCUAUGUAUUUCAGCAGGUCUAUGUGUGUGCAAUAUGCAAUAUUUUGCUUUUAAAUACACUGCGGGCUUUUAUGUUAUUUGAACAGAUUGUACACUAUUGUAGCAAAGAUUAUAUCAUUAUUACUCAGGCAAAAACAUUUAUAGCAUAAUCAUUGCAUUUGCAUUGUUUUGCAAAUAUCUAAAAUAUGAAUGUAAAGAAAUACUUUUCAAAAUCUGCUCAUACCAUAACACAACUGUAUAAUGGUCAGUUUACAUUAUGCAAACACAGUAGACCUUGUUUGUGCAUGUCUAGCAUGGUCAUCAUACAUAUAUGUAAUCUAAUAGGAAGAAAAUACCUAAAUAAAGAGCAACAAUACCAA